AAAAGAAAAAGGAGGAAGGAAAAGAAAAAGUACAAUAUCUCCUCUCUCCCCACCCAUUAUUCUGUAGUUAACAGGGGAAGAAAAACCCAGAAUUUUCACAAUCACUUCGUUUUAGACCAAAAGUAAUCGAAAGACACCAGCUAGAGAUUCCAUUUUGUCCUCUUAACCUCUUUAUUUCUUUGUCGGCAUUUUGGCUCUUGAGUCUGGUCCCUCUCGCUCUCUCACCGUGAAUCUAUAAUAUUGAAAAAUUUGUGGACCAGUUUUUUCUCGUUUGCUUCUACGUCUUCCCCUCUCUUUAUCUCCAUCUUUUCUCAACCAACCCGUUUCUUCAAUACCCAUUUCUUGGAUUCAUUUGCUUCCUCUGUUUUUCACCCCCAAAUUCAUCAUGGAGGAGGCCAAGGUGGUUGAAGCUAAAGAUGGAACCAUUUCUGUUGCUUCUGCAUUUGCUGGUUAUCAGGAAGCUGUAAAGGACAGAGAUCACAAAUUCUUGUCAAAAGCUGUUGAAGAAGCAUAUAAAGGGGUUGAAUGUGGGGAUGGAGGCCCAUUUGGUGCAGUUGUUGUUCGUAAUGAUGAAGUUGUUGUAAGCUGUCACAACUUGGUGUUGAAAGACACAGAUCCAACUGCGCAUGCAGAGGUUACAGCAAUAAGAGAGGCAUGUAAAAAGCUCAAUCAAAUUGAGCUGUCAGACUGUGAAAUAUAUGCCUCUUGUGAGCCUUGUCCAAUGUGCUUUGGCGCUAUACAUCUUUCAAGAAUCAAGAGGUUGGUUUAUGGAGCCAAAGCUGAAGCAGCAAUUGCGAUCGGAUUUGAUGAUUUUAUCGCAGAUGCAUUGAGGGGUACCGGGUUUUAUCAGAAGGCUCAUUUGGAGAUCAAAAGAGCUGAUGGUAAUGGGGCCAUUAUUGCAGAGCAAGUAUUUGAGAAAACAAAAGCCAAAUUUCCAAUGUACUAAUCAAUUUCCCACCUUUUUCUGCUUACGAUACAAUCCCAUAACCUUCAUUCCUAACAGUUGGGUUAUUGCAAAACUGUUUACAUGUUCUGGAAAAAAACAGGUCCUUUGUACAUCUGAUUGAAACCAUUUUACAUCUCUUGAGCUUCAUAUGGUUUGAUUUGGAA